AUGGAUGUUGAUGAUAUUGAUGAUAACGAUAACGAUGAUUAUGACGAUGAUGCGGACAAUGAUGUUGACGAUGGUGAUGACGAUGAUGAAGAUGCUGAAGAUAAUGCUGACGACGAUGCUGACGAUGACGAUGGUGCUGACGAUGAUGCUGACGACGAUGCUAACGAAAUGGUGAGUAUCAGAACAGUAAUGUUUGUUCUUCUUUAAUAACGCAGGACUUGGGAGAUCCUCUUUUAAAACUGAACCAAUAAAGGAAUCUUCUGUUUUCGUCUCAACAGCUUCCAGGAAAAGAGUCUAGCCCGGUGUGUUCACGGAUCAUAUUGGAGGACGAGUGUGGAUGUAAAGUUCCUUACAACACUACCUACGUGCAGCAGGAGAAAGAAAAAGCGCCAUUGA